AUAUAACAGAGAGUGUGCGUGUCUGUGUGUUUGUGUGUUUCCCUUUCAUAUCAUGAGAGAUCAAAUGUCCAAAAUCAUAUAUAUUGUCGUCAUAAUCAUAUCCUAGUCUUGUAUUACACGUUCAUUUCUGUAGUUGUAUAUUUUUAGUCUUUCACGGAGAGAGCAAUUUAGCCACUUUGGAUAAAAGAGUCAGCCACUAGCGGAGUUUAAAUGUUUAAAUGUUUAAAAGUCAAUAGUUAGGACUCAGGUUGUAGUCGGCAGGUUUCAUGGGGGUUCUCGUCAGCUCUGUGUCUCUGAGAGCAGACGUGUUGAUCUGUGGUGUCAGGGUGGACGGGGCGUCACACAUUGCUGAAGCAGGAUGUGAACGCAGGAUCAGUAAAGGCUGGAGGAUCGCGGCAGCAGGACCUCAACGGGAAUCUCUUUAGGUGGAUGCAGGAGGGAAAGUAUUGAAGGGCGAUCAGAUUGAAGAUCUUCACACACGCUUAUUGGAAGAAGCAGACUUGGGAUGUGGUGGAAGAUCUUACAGGUGAAUCUAGUGAUGUCCAUCCUGCUGUACGUGAUGGUCCUCACGUACCUCUAUGGUAUCCAGGCGACCACCAUGGACGGCGGUCGCCAGGGGCAACAACAGGGACAACGACAACAACAGGAUCAUCAACAACAACAGCAACAACAGCAACAACAACAACAGACCAGCCCUGACCCGCUGAACUCGCUCAUCAUCCAGCUGCUGCAGGCGGACAUCACGCGGGGGCGGACCAGGGAGAACCAGGGGGGGAGGCGCGAGGACAACGCCAUCGCCCCCCCCGGCUUCACCGCCCCCGGCCGCCCCGACCCCCCGGCCUCGGGGGGCGAGCAGCAGGGGGCGACGGCGGCGGCGGCGGGUGGCGACCUGGCGCCCGUCACCGCGCUGACCUCCGACCUCCUGCGGCAGCACAAGCGCUACAACUCGCCGCGCGUGCUGCUCAGCCAGCGGCCGCCGCUGCAGCCGCCGCCGCUCUACCUCAUGGACGACUUUGUGGGCGGCAGCGACGGCAGCGGGCCGGAGGCCGAGGAGGCGGAGGCGGCGGAGGCGGCGGCGCUGGCGGGGGGGUCGUCGCCGGGCAACAGGACGCGCAAGAAGCGGUACGCGGAGCACAAGAGCUACCGCGGGGAGUACUCGGUGUGCGACAGCGAGAGCGAGUGGGUGACGGACAAGUCGCAGGCCACCGACCUGCGGAACCGGCCCGUCUCGGUGCUGGGCCAGAUCAAGACCAGCGCCUCGGCCGAGGUGAAGCAGUACUUUUACGAGACGCGCUGCCGGGCGGCCGAGCCCUUUAAGAACGGCUGCCGGGGCAUCGACGACAAGCACUGGAACUCGCAGUGCAAGACGGUGCAGACGUACGUGCGCGCGCUCACGCAGGAUGUGAACGACGUAAAGUGGCGGUGGAUCCGCAUCAACACCUCCUGCGUGUGCGCGCUGUCGCGGAAACACCGGAAGACGUAAGGGAUGGGCGGGGGCGCGCGCACGAACCGAACGAGAGGGUCGAACACGGAAAACACGGAUGCUUGCUAGGACGUCCGCCCUCGUGCGGAGGAGGGACACGCCCCUAUAGGACCGCGCUGUGCGGGGUUUGAACCUUCCCGCUCGUAACCGGGGACGGCUCACUUCCUGUCGGCGAACCCCGCCUCCUCUCGGGGAUGAUGGGCGGAGCUUAAAGGACGAUGACUCGGCGAGAGACAGGAACGGAUAUUUGUACUGAAACACUGUCCACGAUGGGUCCAAGGAACUGAGGUUUCCAAUCUCUGCUGCGAAUUUCACUGUUACUGUUUUUUCCUUUUGUACUGCAGAGCCACUGUCCCGUGUACACACACCCAGAACUGGCCCCACGCCCCCCCCCCCCCCCCCCCCCCCCACCCCCGGACACAUAGACCGGGACUUGACGAGGGGGUGGCGUGCGGGACGGGUGUUUAUGUUGCGUAUUUCGCGGGGUUUAUGUACAUAUAAAUUAUUAUUUAAGUUAUAUGAAAUGCAUGUAGUUUACACAUGUCUAUAUCUAUAUAUAUAUAUAUCUUUAUAUAUGACGGUUGAACCUAUUUGUUGUUAUUUAUUGAAAGACAUUCCUUGUAUCAAAGGAAGCUAGAAAACGUGGAAAAGGAGAGAGAAACAACCAAUGAACUCAUUCUGAGACCGACACACACACCUGCUGCAUCAUGGGAAAUCAACACACGUGCCUUGACCGAAUAUAGAUGGAAAGAAAUGAGAGAGAGAGAGAGAGAGAAAGAGAGAGAGAGAGAGAGAGAGAGAGAGAGAGAGAGAGAGAGAGAGAGAGAGAGAGAGAGAGAGAGAGAGAGAGAGAGAGAGAGAGAGAGAGAGACUACAGUGAGCAGUGGGAGAACAUACACUGUUGAUCAGGGGUUCCAAGACAGUGAAUAAGUGUAAGCCAGGUUCUCAGACACCUCAACUCACCUCAGCAGGGCGUCUAAACCAUGUUUCACCAUGGUUACGUUACCUUUUUUUUCUUUUCAACACAACACAACAAUGCAAUACUAAUGUAGCUACCAGGCUGAACAUCUUUCAGGGGUUAUUCUUAAUGUCUAAACCGAUGCCCCCCCCCCCCCCCCCCGCCUCUCCAAUAGGUCACCAGUGGGCUCCACAGCGAGACCACUGCAUCCUAGGGCUUUAUCAUCUAAUGGAGACUGGUUUUCCUUCUGAAGCGCCAACUGCCAUAUCUGACCGUUUGACGCUCCUAGAAAAAGACCAAGUAUUUGUUUCACAGAAUAUCGAAUGUUUCCUUCACGUUUCAACACAGCCACCCCCCCCCCCCCCCCCCCAGAAAAACAGAAACUCAUGACCAGGGGGAUGAAGAUGUUCUGAUGGUUCAUACUGGUUCAUACUGGUUCAUUCUGGCUCUUCUCCAAGGGGGGAGCGGGUUCCACCCUUCCAUGUUUUGUCUUGCCAUUAGAAGAUGGGCGAGGCUUACGGAUUAUGACUGUUACGUGUUUCUUGAUAAUAAUAAAUAAAAAUGUUCAAGGAGAAA